ACGUCUUGCGUGACGUCACGAGCAAAAACAAGAACCACCAGCGAUUGAUGAAAAGCUAACUCCGUUUAACGUUUAGUACACAUUAAUCUGCUACAUUUAAGAGCCCUUACACUAACGUGUAAAAAGACAACUAAAUUAGGCUCGACUAUGGUUUAUAUAGUUAGUAGUUGUGUAACGUUACUAUUUGUUGACAAUGUGACGCGGCUAACGUUUGUUAGCACACAAAUGCUACCGUUAAGCUAAGGAAUCACAUUAGCUGGGUAGCUAGGUGACAAUAUGAAUUGAUAUGAAGUAAUUUCGCGUCAGUAAAAAGCUCAUUGGUAAUCGUUAGUUCAGCUUGUUAACAUCCGUAAUUGAAUUGAUAUCAUUGUAUUGCCCCUUAAGGAAAAUUAGAACAACAAGGGGAUGUAUGACAACUGGUGUACAACGUAAACAACCUGUUGUAGCUUUUUUUUCAAGAAGAACUAUUGAAUCGGGGAUUUUUCCUUAACUCUAAUUAUUCUUGUUAUAAGAGACUGGACCCUUAUAGCCUACACUAUGUCGAACCUGGACACCCUCGUUGUAACUUUCCAGACCCAGCUCUCGGAUGUGAUGGAGACCGUGGUGAAGACUGCUAUGUAUGAGGUCACCAGGUUGGUAGAAGACGGCUUCUUGGAGGAGAUGCAGCGCAGGACCCAGGAGGUGGAGGCCCUGAGGAUGCAGCUGCAAUGGGCUGAGAGAAAAUUACGGGACCGAGGAGGGAAAACUGGGAAGUGUGUCGACUGUGCUAAGGAUGAUUUGGAACUGUGCAGUGAUGCAGCAGAAGAAAUGCCCAAAGAACAACAGGAUGACAUGGAGGAGGGCUGUGCUGUUAAAGAAGAAGGUGACUCUGAGGAAAGUUGGACAAUAUGUUGCACACAGGAAGUCCUACCAGAAUCAACACACGCAGCAGACACUCCUGCUUCUACCCUCAGCCCCGGAAGGAGAUCUCAGACAACAGGAGAAGAAGACCGGUUGCCAAUGGUUGAUGUGAAGGAAGAAGAAGUGAGUAACCACUCCAAGUCUUCUGUUCAUUGGAGUUGUUCCCUUGAUGGACCUCAAUCACACAGCUCUACUGAGAUGGCACAACCAAAACAGACUCAAGAAAACAGUGAGGAUUUAUUUAGGAAUGUUACGAAGCAAGACCCACAAGUCUCUGCUGCGUAUGUAUUUUCAGCAGUAGAGGAAGAAACUCAAGCGGCUACAGAUCCCUCUUUCGAGGUGGGCGAUGGUUGGACUCCUGGACUGAUGCCGAAUCACAGAGUUUCAGCAGAAAAUGUCUGUGAUUUCGCUAAAUCUAGUAGUCCCACUGUUACUGCGGCUGUUCUGGUUACCCAAGAAAGAGUUCACAUGUUAUCUUCACGCUCCCCAAAGGCAGCCCUGCAAAACAGUGACGCCUCAUGUGUGACCAUCAAGCAAGAGGUUGUUGAUUCUGACGGGAUUGUGGAAAGUGAGCCUAAAGAAAAGAAGAAGUCUAGGAUGACGUCUUUCUCGUGUUCAGUAAAACGACACAGAGUGAGCUUGGAAUCACUCAGGCAGCACCACAUUUCCCACAAAGCCGCUGUGCAGCUACAUUCCAAAGUGGGCACAGGUUUCAAAUUGCAUGCUGCCCUACAGCACCUCCACAGACCCACAAAAAAGCCGGCUCCCGCACUGUCUGUAUCUCACGUUGGAAACCCUCUCAACAGAACUCCCUCUACGUCUAAAUCUGCUCCACCUCCACUUCCACAACAGGCACAAAACCGAACCACUGCCCCAUGGGUCAGCGUCAAAACACAUCCUUCCGAAAACUCCCAUCACGCUAACCCUUUACCCCAUCCAGACUCUCCCUUCGGACCGAGGCACCUCCUGCGCUGCAGCCAGUGCGGGAGGUGCUUCCCCCACCCAAGCAACCUGAAGGCCCACAUGCAGACGCACACAGGGGAGCGGCCUUUCUGUUGCUCCCUAUGUGGACGCAGCUUCACCAAGCUGAGCAACCUCAAGGCCCAUCGGAGGGUCCACACCGGGGAGAGACCGUACUGCUGCAUGGCCUGCGGCAAACGCUUCACGCAGAAAUGUAACCUGAAACGCCACCAGAGGAUCCACCUGGAUGUAUGAUGAGCAGACAGCAGGUGAAACGGAAACAGACACGUUUGGGGGGUUUCUCUUUUUGGAGUACGAUGUAGCGAUGAGCGGCUGACACCGUGUCAAGUUUUGAGCCUUUUUUACCAUUUGUGGGGAAACACAUUUGAGCAAUAACUGUACAUGCAUUUCCAAUCAGCUUUUCUAGGGAUGCAUCAAUUUCAAAUUUCUCAUCCGAUGCCAAUUCCAGGGUUUAGUCUGAUAAGUGAUCGGAAUGACAGUGAAGAUUUGGCCAUUGCUGAUAUUAUCGAUAACAAUUUGGCCAAUGCUGAGAUUUUGAUGAAGGGUUGGCCAAUACUGAUGUGUAUAUUGACAAUAUUUCCAACAUUCAGAUUAAAGAUUUAGAAAGACGGUUUGGCCAAUACCGAUGGGGAUGUUUUUCUGCUUUUUAAUUUGUAUUUAUUUAUUCCGCUGUUGCGGGUUGAAAUAAUUAUAUUUUGUAUCCUAAAAUAAUAUAUAAAUAUAUUUUACAAAAGCCUUUUUAACCUGCUAUACAAAUAACAUGUCAUUUUUAAAGAUUAAUAUUUGAUAUGUGCGUUUGAUAUGCGUCAUCUAUUAUUACCCAUAUUUUCUUUACUAAUAAGACAUACAGUAUUAAAUAGCAUUACAUUUGCAAUAAUCAGUGCAUCCCUGCUUUUUUCUUAUUUAACUUUUUAAUUUCUUCAUCAUUAAAACUGAGUGGAAAUACUGAGAAGUUGUAACCUUAGCAUAAUCUUGCAAUCAUAAGAAAGUUUUUAAGUGCGAAAGUGGAUGUUUGGUAAAAGCAAAUGUUUUGUUGUGCUCAUCAUUAGUCCUGUGCAUUUCAAAAAGGUCCCUCCACUACUUAUUGUAGUAUUACUAGGAUCAGAAGCAGUGUUAUGUGAAAUAGGUCAGUUGUCAAUAAAAACGUAUUUAUUCUGUGAAUAA